AUGCAGACGAAUCUCAUCAUUCCAUCCACGUUCAAGAGAAAUCAGCUCACGUGGCAGGGGUCCCUUUUAACGUCUGAAAAGCAGCGAAAGCGGAACAUGAGGACUCUCAAACUUCAGCUCGACCACGUUCUGACGAGCAUCCCUCAGUCGGAUAUCCGAAAAUCUAGAGCUGUUUGGGACGUCGCGUUCGACUCUGACCACCGUCCAGUUCUUCUCAGCUUCAAGAUACGGUUCCACAAGAGAAACGGAGGUCACUUUCAGCCGAAAGUCGACGUGGCAGGUCGAAGAAUGCAGAGCGAAACUCCGCCCACGUGUGUCUAUUCAUGUUGGAGUACGGACCAAGAAGAAGCUUAG